AUGUGGUCACGGAUGUCAAUGCUAGUGCUAAUUGCAGCAACAUUAAAAGCAUUUACGGUGCUACCAUAUGUACAAAUUGAUUUUGUUCACUAUUUUAGAUUAGCACAAUGUGAUGCAAAAUGUGCUGAAAAGUAUUCGAAAUCAAUUAAACGACGCUUAAAUGAUGGAACAUUUAUUAAGUAUUAUGGAAAUGAUGGCGAAAACUAUAAACUUUGUAUAGCUGGUUGUAAUCGACGACGAAUAACUGCAAAACGUGAAAGAAAUGGUACGACAAAUGCGCUAAUAAUGGGAAUGCAAUUUUGGAUGGAUACAAAUGCAUAUGCAAGUCGAACUGAGCAUUCACCCAUUAAAAGUGUUCAAUUAGGUUGUAUGGAUGUUGUAACAUCGAAUGAGCCAAAUGAUUUCGAAGAUACAAUCGAAGGUUUAGUUUUUGUUAGCAUUAACGAAACGGAACAAUAUCCGAUUCGAUAUAUUGUUCAAUGGAAGCAACGGACAUACGAUGGUAGUUUGACCGGAGAAAAUGGUUGGAUUACUGCUUCGAUUGAAUCAGAGCCAAUAUUUAAAGUUGAAGGUAUGGUACCAAUAAUGCAAUAUAGAUUUAUGGUAACUGCUGUUGGUCCCGAUGGACGUUUAGGUGGUCCAAUAAUGAGUAAUUGGGCACAAUCAUUAACGAUUGAUGAAAAAUUACAUGCACCACCUGUUGGACCAAUGAUAAUAACAACACAAUACAAUAAUAUGGAUGGUUUAUGCGCAUUAGUAAAAUGGUACCAUUCACCGUAUCAACGUGAAUCAUCAACAGAUAUAUCGAAUGAUAGUCAUACAUUGUUUGGUAACUGUCACUACAGUAUUACAAUAUAUAAUGAAACUUCACAAGAAACUGUAUUAUUUACUUUGGAUAAUGGGAAUGGUAUUUUGCUAUCAAAUUUGCAAUUUUCAACGGAAUAUUCUGUAGCAGUUCGAUCGAUCUCAUCAAAAAUGAUAGAUUCAUCUUUGUCACAACAAAAAAAUAUGUCACAUGCAAGUGACACAAACUUCAAUUUACAACAGAGAUUCUUAACACCACCAUGUAAUGAAGUAUUUGGUUCAGGAAGUCUCGAAUGUGCACCCGAACCAGUUAAAAAUUUGGAAGCAAUAGUAAAUUCUAAUGGAUCAGUAAAAAUUCAGUGGAUUCCAUCAAGUGAACCAAAUGCUAUUUUAGUUUAUCAAUUACUUUAUCAAUCGCUAACAAAUCAUUAUGAUUGUGAUAAAGAUCCUUCAAGCAUUUAUGUCAAUGCGGGUUCAACAACUACAAUGAUACAAUUACAUGGUCGAACACAUUGCGAAUAUUUGAUCAAAUUAAUUAAUUACGAUUUAAUUGGACGUGAAGCAAUUAUUAUGAUAUUAAAAUGUUGCAUAUGUUUAUGUUGUUCUAAUACGACAAAUAAUCAUUCAAUUAUUUUAUCAAGUUGUAAUAAGAUAGAUACAAUAACAAUUUUAUGA